UUCCAAUCUUCUGUUAGUUAGUUGAGUCGACAUCCAUCUUCACCACGCUCGUCAUCAUCAACUCUCAAUCAAACUUACCCGUCCGGGUUGGUUGCUAGUACGAUUAGUUCGAUGACAACAGGAUGGCAGCUCCCAUCCCCGCCGGCGAUGAUGAUGCGCCCGCAUACCGCCCGCGAAGUUACCAGGUUGAGAUGUUCGAGGCGAGUUUGAAGGAGAAUAUUAUUGUUACGAUGGGGACGGGGAGUGGGAAGACGCAUAUUGCUCUACUACGCAUCAUGAGAGAGUUGGAGAGGAAUCCACACAAGUUAAUCUGGUUCCUAACGCCUACUGUUGCAUUAUGUUUGCAACAGUUCAAGACCAUCUCAGAGGGAAUCCCCGCCGUCAGAGCGAGGACACUUACGAGUUUAGACCGAGUGGAAAAAUGGACGGAGCAGCCGAUCUGGGACGCCAUUUUGAAGGAUAUGCAGGUGGUGGUGUCGACGCAUGCGGUUCUGGCGGAUGCGAUGAGUCAUGGGUUUGUGAAGAUUACGCAGUUGGGGUUGAUGGUUUUUGAUGAAGCCCAUCAUUGCAUGCGACGUCAUCCGGCGAAUAAGAUCAUGCAGGACUUUUACCACCCGGCUUUGGCUAGGCAUGGUCCCGAUGCUGUUCCGAAGAUUUUGGGUCUAACUGCGAGUCCGGUGGUGAGGUCAAAUCGGCAGGAGUUACUGAUGAUCGAAGCCAAUCUUGAUGCAGUGUGCAAGACACCGCGUGUGCAUCGGUCAGAGCUGCUGACGCAUACGCAUCGCCCGCAUUUGCAGCAGAUUAUGUUCAUUCCAGUUCAACUUGAGGAUUCGCAAGCUGGGAGUGAGACGUUAAGAGCGCUUGUGAGGACUUGGAGUUCUCUCAGCAUUGAGGAUGAUCCGUAUAUCAAGAAGUUGAGAAGGAGCCCACUGGAUGGACGGGCGUUGCAUCAUGCGCUUGCAACGGGAAAGACCUACUGCAAUGAGCAAUUGAAAAGAUUUGUCUCCAGGAGCCUGCACAUCUUUGAAGAGCUCGGCGGAUGGGCUUCGGACUACUUUAUCCACGCAUCUGUUGAGCAGCUUAAGGCGAGAGCCCGGGAUUCUGUGAACACAUCGGCUUGGUUCGACGAGGAGAAGUCAUAUCUGUUGGAUAUUGUGACUAGGCUACCUACUCCGCACAUCGAUCUCACUUCCACGGACCCGGCUGCUUUCCGUAUCUCACCAAAGUUUGAAGCAUUGCUGGCCUUUCUCGAUGCAAAAGGAGAGCCGCAAUUCUCAGGGUUGAUCUUUGCUGAACAGAGGGCCACGGUGAGUGUAAUGGAAAAGCUGCUUACCAUCCACCCUUUGACGAAGGACCGUUUUCGAUGCGCUGCCUACGUCGGCUGGUCCGGCGGUGGCAGCAAGGAUGUUCUGGGUGAGCUCCUCGAUGCCCAAAUGCAACGCGAUACGCUGAGCGAGUUUCGGACGGGUCAGAAAAACCUGAUUGUCGCGACAAAUGUGCUGGAGGAGGGCAUCGACAUCAGCGCUUGCAGUGUGGUGGUCUGCUAUGAUAAACCGCCGAAUUUGAAGUCGUUUGUGCAAAGGCGAGGGCGUGCGCGACACCGGGAAUCCACUUAUGCGAUCAUGUUUGCAGCUGAUGAUGAUUCUCUGGAGCUGAGCAAGUGGCAGGACCUGGAAAGGGCUAUGAUCGAAGCUUAUGAAGAUGAUGAACGACGACUGCGUGAGGCAUGGGCCCUGGAAGCUCUUAACGAAGAGGUGCCAGACAGAUUUGAGGUAGAAUCUACUGGUGCUGUUUUGACAGCAGACACAGCCAUCGCACACCUGAACCAUUUCUGCGCAAUUCUGCCUCGUCAACCAUAUGUGGAUAACGAUCCUGAAUAUUCUUUCGAGAAGGAUGACGCUGGCCUUUUGAAAGGAACCGUCAUGCUGCCCUCGUGCGUACAUCCCGCAGUCCGUCGUACUCAGGGCCAGCGAUGGUGGCAGACCGAGCGAGCGGCCAGGAAAGAAGCAGCCUUUCAGACAUACAAGAGUCUCUACGAGUUUGGCCUUUUGAGCGACCACCUGCUCCCGUUUAAGAAAAAUAUAGAGGUCAAAGCCAGCAAUAUCAGCAAUCUACCGGCCAUGAUAGAAGUCUCGGAGCAAUAUGAUCCCUGGGUCGACUGGGCUUGCUCGUGGUCAUCGCCUGAUGUGCACCAGACACGGAUUGCUGUACAUCAUAAUGGGGAUGCUCACAUGUGUAUCAGGUUAACCACUCCAGCGGGCCUGCCGCCUGUUGAACCUUUGACCUUGUUCUGGGAUAGCGAGACGGUAUUUACAUUGGCCUUUGACACAGCGGAACGAGUGACGGGAAUCGCAACUGAGAGUAUUGAUCACAUGCGACUGGCCACCGCGCUCUAUCUCCAGGCGACAAGCUCUCGACAACUGGGUCCUGAUCAAGAUUAUGUGGCCCUGUUUGCGCCUGAUCUUCCUCACCUUGAACUAUCCGGAUGGCUCAACCAAUACGCAGGAUACGAAUCAGCGCUAGAAGUUUACUCCCGAAACAACUUCCCUACGAUCAUGGGUAUAGUGCGUGAUCGCUCACGCUACAGUGAGCCGAUGCUUUUCCGAAGGUGGGUUGUGUCGGGAGAGGAUGCUACGCCUAUAGUCGAAUUGGAAUGCGAUCCCAUUCCUCGUCGACGAAACCUUUUGCAGCGGCAAACGCUGGCUAUCAAGCCACUUGGUGCUGCUGACGCCUCUGAACCGUCCUCGAAGAUGCGGGUCAUUCUUGCAGAACGGUGCACCAUAGACAGGCUUUCAUAUGCUGAGACCAUCUUCGGGCGCUUCAUAUCGGCUAUUGUUGAUAGAUUAGAAGCAACGUUGGUUGCUACCAGACUAUGUGAGAGUAUUUUGCGACACCUUAACUUCACAAACAUUCGCCAUGUAAUCACCGCCAUCACGGCGCCAUCCGCGCAGUCACCUACUAAUUACCAACGAUACGAAUUCUUUGGGGACUCGGUCCUGAAAUUCACCGUCUCGUGUCAGCUGUUCUUCGAGCAUCCAAACUGGCAUGAAGGCUAUCUGUCCGAAGGAAGAGAUGAGAUUGUUCAGAACCCUCGCCUCGCCCGGGCUGCUCUUGAUGUCGGCCUGGACGCCUUCAUAAUGACUAAAAUGUUCUCUCCCCGGAAGUGGAAUGCGCCUCUGAUCUCCGAGAAGAUCAGCAUUACCCCCCGUCGACGGAUGAUGUCCAUGAAGGUAUUGGCAGAUGUCGUCGAGGCGCUAAUAGGAGCAGCCUACAUUGACGGUGGCUUUGCUGCCGCACACGAGUGCAUCUGCCGCUUCCUACCAGAGGUGAAUCUGGAGCAUAUCCAUAAAACCGAGAACCUUAUCCCCAAAGACGGCGUGACCAAUCACACAUUGAACGACGACAAGCUGAUGGAGCGCAUCGGAUACACCUUCACCAACCGAUCCUUCCUCGUGGAAGCACUCACCCACCCAUCCUGCCAAUUCGACGCAACCACACAGUCCUACCAGCGUCUCGAAUUCCUCGGCGACGCCGUCCUAGACAUGGUAAUCAUCUCCACACUCCUCGACCACCCCACCGAGAUCUCCCAAGGCGACAUGACCAAGAUCAAGCACGCCGUCGUGAACGCAAACCUCCUCGCCUUCUUCUGCAUGGAAUUCGCCCUCGUCGAGGAACGCACCCUCGUCGAGCUCGCCCCCACCGGCAAUAUCACCCUAGAAUCCUCAUCCGAGCAGGUCGAACUCUGGCGCUUCAUGCGCUACCAAGGCCAACACCUGACCAACGCCCGCGACCUAGCCCUCGAUCGCCACCGCACCCUCCGCACCUCCAUCAUCCACGACCUCGAACACUCCCCAAUCUACCCCUGGCAGAGCCUUUCCCAACUCAGCGCGGACAAAUUCUUCUCCGACCUAAUCGAAAGCAUCCUCGGCGCCAUCUUCAUCGACUCCCGCGGCAACCUGGGCGAAUGCAUCAAGUUCGUAGACCGUAUCGGUCUCCUCUGGUACCUGCGUCGUAUUCUCACGGAGGGGGUGAACGUGAUGCAUCCGCGUAAUGCUGCGCAGCAAAUGGCCAAGGGGGAGAUCUACUUCGACGCUAAGCGGGUUCCUAAUGAGCAAGACAAUGGCGCGACGUACCAGUGUGCGGUAACGAUGGCGGGGGUAGAGGGAGUCGCUGUGCUAGUGGAGGGCUGCUUGACCAGCGAGGAGGCGGAAAUCACGGCGUCCAAUCGGGCGGUGGAGAUUCUUGUUCAGCGGGGGGGUUCGUUGUGAUUUGAGGUAUCUGCUUGAAGAUCUAUGACAUGUGGGGGUAUAUUUAGCGUUGAUGGAUGAUACUACUAUGUAAGAAGGGAUUGGAUGUUUGUUUGGAUGAGUGAUGAUGUGAUGAAUCUAUGCCUGAUGCAACUAGCCAUCUACCAAUU